AUGGGUCGUCUUGUCUAUGUUCGAGAGGAUCGUGAGGCCGAGCCCCGUUUCAUCGGUGGCCCUCCACGUGGCGACUUCGGCGGUGGCCGAGGUGGCUUCGGUGGUGGGUUCGGCGGUGCUGGCGGCGGCGGCGGCGGCGGUGGUGGUCGUCAACUUUAUGUGUCGAACCUUCCUUUCAACGUUGGUUGGCAAGACUUGAAGGAUCUUUUCCGCCAAGCCGCCCAGCAAGGCGGCGUCAUCCGUGCUGAUGUGCACACUGAUCCCACCGGUCGCCCUAAGGGUUCCGGCAUCGUCGCCUUUGAAUCUCCAGAUGAUGCACGCAACGCCAUCGCUCAGUUUAAUGGAUAUGAGUGGCAAGGUCGUCCCUUGGAAGUUCGCGAGGACCGCUUCGCUGGCUCUGGCCCUGGCUUCGGAGGUCGCGGCGGCUACGGCGGUGGCCUCGGCCGUGGUGGUUUUGGUGGCCGCGGCGGCUUUGGGGGUCGCGGUGGCUUUGGCGGCGGCUACGGCCGUGGCGGCUUUGGGGGCGCUCCCGGCGGCUUCGCCGGUGGUUUCGACCAAGCUCCUGCUCCUGUGGCUUCGGUUCCCCCGAACGCCUUCACCGACUUCGCAACCUCUGGCGGCGAGAAGAGUGCUGUAAUCUAUGUGCGCAACCUGCCCUGGUCCACCUGUAACGAGGAUCUGAUCGAUUUGUUCUCGACCAUUGGCAAGGUUGAAAAGGCCGAGAUCCAGUACGAACCUAAUGGCCGCUCCCGCGGAACCGGUGUCGUCGAGUUCGACACCCCUGACACUGCUGAGACUGCAAUUGCCAAGUUCACUGGCUACCAGUAUGGUGGUCGUCCCCUGGGUAUCACUUUUGUCAAGUACCUGAAUGCCGGCGGUGCUCCUACCGGUGACAUGAUGGAAGAAACCGAGCCCACAUCGGCCAUUACACAGGACCAGAUCAUGUAA